AUGUCUACCUCUGCUGGACCCCAUGGAAUUCGGAAGUCAAUUCCCAUCGUCGGUGGAAACUUCAGCGGCCCUCAUCUUUCCGGCAAGAUUCUCGAUGUCGGUGCUGAUUGGGGCCUCGUUGAUCCCCAAACCAAUAUCUUUUCUGCGGAUACUCGGUAUAACUUUCGUACCGAUGAUGGGGCCGAUAUCUUCCUCCAGACUGCUGGUCCUAAGGCCCCUGAUGAUCAUUUGCACUUGCGUCUUAUCUUUGAGACUGGAAGUCCAAAGUAUUAUUGGUUGAACAGUGUGGUGGCUAUUGGCAUUCUGACAUCGAAUCAGACAACCAACAAAAACAUUAGCUUGCUGCGGAUUGAUGCUUGGAAUUUUGCGUCCGAUUGGAACGCGACUCAGUUCGGGAACACCACAUCUGCAUGA